UCCUGAGUGAAGGAGGAAGAGGGAAGGAAGGCGCUGAGGAUCGCGUGCCCAGCCCAGCUGCCGGCUUCCCCACCACACCGUCUCGGGCCGCUGCACCCCGCACCGCCGGGACCCAGGCUGCCCAGGACCCACUGUGAUCCCUUCGAACCAGGGCAGCCGCGCUCACUGCUCCCCUAAGAUGGAAAUCCCACCCACCCACUAUGCGGCCUCCAGGGCCGCCUCAGUGGCGGAGAACUGCAUCAACUACCAGCAGGGGACCCCCCACAAGGUGUUCCUGGUGCAGACCGUCCAGCAGGCCAGUAAGGAGGAUAUCCCAGGAAGAGGGCACAAGUACCACCUCAAAUUUUCUGUGGAAGAAAUUAUCCAAAAACAAGUGACAGUGAACUGCACGGCUGACGUUCUUUACCCUCAAAUGGGACAAGGCACUGCACCAGAGGUCAACUUCACAUUUGAAGGGGAAAUUGGCAAGAGCCCAGAUGAAGAAGAUAACACAUUUUAUCAGAGCCUCAUGUCUAUGAAGGAACCACUGCAAGCACACAACAUUCCAGACAGUUUUGGAAAUGUGUCUCCACAAAUGAAGCCAGUUCACCACUUAGCCUGGGUCGCUUGCGGUUAUAUAAUGUGGCAGAAUUCAACUGAAGACACAUGGUAUAAAAUGGCAAAAAUUCAAACUGUCAAGCAAGUGCAAAGAAAUGAUGACUUCAUUGAGUUAGACUAUACCAUUCUACUCCAUGACAUUGCAUCCCAGGAGAUUAUUCCUUGGCAAAUGCAAGUUCUGUGGCAUCCACAAUACGGCACAAAAGUAAAGCACAACAGCCGCCUCCCAAAGGACGUGCAAGCAGAAUGAACAGAGACCCAAAGGGAGACGCCACAUAACUGCGCUCACUAGCGAUGUGUGUGACCAUCCUCACUGGCACCUAGCCCAAUAAGCCAGAUGAAUCCCACAGAGCCGCUCCGUAUGUCUUGACUACAGUACCGAGCCACGUAGAUUCCAUAAUAAAGAAUAUUACGGCAUAAAAAUCUUUCCAGCAGUAACAGGACUAUGUAUAUCCCCUAAUAAAAAGUCCACUUCA